AUGUCAGAGUCCAACACAACCGACUUCACCAGCCCUUCCACCUUUAUCCUGCUGGGCAUCCCUGGCCUGGAGGUGGUCCAUGUCUGGAUCUCCAUCCCAUCCUGCAUCAUGUUUGCAAUAGCUGUUUUGGGGAAUAUCACCAUCCUGUUCAUUGUGAAGAGGGAGCCGAGCCUCCAUGGGCCCAUGUACUAUUUCCUCUGCAUGCUGGCCGCCACUGACCUGGUCCUGUCCACUUCCAUCCAGCCCAAAAUGCUGAGCAUCUUCUGGUUCAAUUCCAGGGAGAUCGAUUUCAGUGCCUGCCUCACCCAGAUGUUCUUCCUUCACAGCUUUUCAGUGAUGGAGUCUGGGACCUUCGUGGCCAUGGCAUUGGAUCGCUACGUGGCCAUCUGCCAUCCUUUGAGACAUUCCACUAUCCUGACCAAACCAGUGGUGGCAAAAAUUGGCCUGGCCAUACUGCUGCGUGGCUGCAUCCUCAUAUUGCCCUUUCCCUUGCUGGCCAGGCAGUGGCCAUAUUGCAGAACCAACAUCCUGCCCCACUCAUACUGUGAGCACAUCGCCGUGGUGAAGCUGGCCUGUGCUGACACCCGCCUCAGUAGUUACUACGGCCUCUUUGUGGCUCUCUAUGUAAUUGGGCUGGAUGUGUUUUUCAUCACUCUGUCCUAUACCCAGAUCCUCAGGGCCAUCUUCAGCCUCCCCACACAGGACGCCCGGCUGAAGACCUUUGGGACCUGCGGAUCCCACCUCUGUGCCAUCUCAACCUUCUACAUCCCAUCUCUCUUCUCCUUCCUCACGCACCGCUUUGUCCACAAUGUGCCUCUGCAUUUCCACAUUCUCAUUGCCAACGUGUAUCUCCUAGUACCCCCUGUGCUGAAUCCCGUCAUCUAUGGUUUAAGGACCAAACAGACCCGGGACAGGCUAUUCCAAUUCUUUACUCAUUAA